UCUAUGUAAUUAUUACAAGCAAAGUAUACUACCAACAAAACACUUCCAGUCUUCUCUCGUUUUCUCCGCUGAUGAGUGUGAAAACCUGUAAAGUUGAGCCUGUUAAAAGGCAAACAUCACUAAUUAGAAGUAGCAAGACCGAACAGCAGGAUGUUAAACCUUGUUUGGUUUCUUCAUCAUCGCCAUCGACCAAGUCUCCUAGACCUCCGUUCGUGAGCCAAAAAACUUCAAGACGUGUUGCUUCGUCGGCGGAAGAAAUCAAGAAUCAUGCUCAUAGAGAAGCGACAAAGGUAUCGAGUUCGAGCUGCGGAUCAAACAAAUGGACAGGCACUUUCAUUCUCAUGGUCGAGCUUCGAAAAAAGAUAAUCACAUUUAGAACAAUCAUUGAUCUCCCUCCUCUUACCGGUUAUCUCUCUAUAAUCAAUAUGGUGAUGCGUACGAUGAACGAUAUCCAUAGGCUUUGUCCUCAGAUCGUUACGAGCUCGCAAAUCCUGGAUAUGAGACGUGCAGAGGUCGAUAAGUUGCUUGACAAUUUUUACAACGCUUUGAAAUCAAUUGGAGAUUCAUGCAUGGACGACCACGAGUGGAUCGUCAAAUCCAAGUAUAGGAACAGUAGCAUUAGGAAGAAUAUGUCCGAUCGACUUGUGGAAAAGGUGAUAGCUGCAUUAGAUGGACUGAUUAUGGGGAUGAACGAGAGGCUAGAGAACAGCAAUGACGAAAUGAAGGAAAAGGCUAGUCCGCGGAGUAAAACAUCUAGCGGCGCCAGAACAGAGUCAUUGGUAAAGCAACCGACCACGCCAAGAAAGGUGUUGAGUCCAUCUAGUAAAGUUAAAGACUUUGCAAUCUCUGUGUCAAAUCUUCCUAGAAAUGUGACAAUGCAAGCGCUUGUAAAGCUGAGUCCUAUUGAUGUAAAGCGUCUCGCUAUCCAACAUCUUUGCCAGCAGAAAGAAGCUCAGAGUAAGAAUGGUGAGAGUGAUGAUGAGAGAUUUAAAGAGAACAAGAAUGAAACAGAGAAGACUGAGAAGAUGGAGCAAGCCAAAGAAGCUAUUCUUGAGGAAAAAGAUAGUGUGAAGAAUCAGAUUGAUGAUAAAAAUUGUUCAAAAGUUUCAGGAAAAUCUAAAAAUUUUCCGACAUCUUUGGCUCUGCCUCCUUCUCCACCUUUACCACCACCUCCAAUGGCUGCCGGAAAAGGUUUGACUGUUCCGUCUCUUCCACCUCCAGGGACCGCACCACCGCUACUUCCAAUGGCAGCGGGAAAAGGAGUGGCUGCUCCACCUCUUCCACCUCCAGGGGCUGCACCACCGCUACUUCCAAUGGCAGCGGGAAAAGGAGUGGCUGUUCCGUCUCUUCCACCUCCAAGGAAUGCAGCACUACCGUCAGCACCGCCACUUCCAAUGGCUGCCGGAGAAGGACCUGGUGCUCCACCACCACCUCCACCAGGCGCAAGAGGAGUCUUGGAAGCCAAGAAACCAACUAGUAAACUGAAGAGAUCAACCCAAUUGGGGACUCUCUUUAGAUUCCUUAAGGCGAAACUAGAAGGGAAGAAUCCUGAAGUAAGAUCUCGUGUCGCUCCAGCAGUAAAUAAAGGCGAGACUGGAAGUGCUUUAGCCAGUGGAAAGCAAGGAAUGGCUGAUGCUCUUGUUGAGAUAACAAAGAAGUCUCCUUAUUUUCAGAAGAUAGAAGAGGAUGUUCGAGUAUAUAUGAAUUCAAUCAAGGAGCUUAAGACAGAGAUUACCAAGUUCCAGAAUAAGGACAUUACUGAGCUUCAGAAGUUACACCAUCGUGUUGAAUCGGUUCUUGACAAACUAGAAGAUGAAACACAGGUUCUAGCAAGAUGUGAAGGGUUUCCGCAUAGUAAACUCGAAGCAAUAAGAAUGGCUGUUGCAUUGUACUCGAAGAUGCAGGGUAUAAUCAAAGAGCUAAAGAACUGGAAGAUGGAGUCCCCGGCUGACCAACUUCUCGACAAGACUGAAGGUUACUUUGCAAAGAUCAGAAAAGAGAUUGAAACUCUAGACCGAAUCAAAGCAGAAGAGGAAAAGAAGUUCAAGGCCAGUAACAUCCAUUUCGACUUCAAUAUCCUUGUUCAGAUUAAGGAAUUAAUGGUUGAUAUCUCUUCUGGCUGCAUGGAACUGGCAUUGAAGGAAAAGAGAGAGGCAAAGAUUGCAUCGCAAACUACUGCAGAAUCACGAUGGGCAAAGCCGAAUACGAAGAAUAAGACUUCAAAAUGGGCUAAAACACUUUGGAGGGCAUUUCAGUUUGCGUUCAGAGUAUACACAUUUGCUGGUGGGCACGACGAUCGUGCUGAUAAGCUUACAAAAGAGUUGGGUAAGGAGAUCGAACAAAUUCUUGGAAACCAAUGACUCGUGACUUCGCCCACCCCUCUUUAGUCUUACUAUAUAUCUCAGCCUGAAAAAUGGAGUCUUGUUAGAAGACAUUUAAAGAGAAAUAGUGUUUUGGAUAACAUUUUGUAAUGUAAUUUACCAGAAAGCUGUUGUAAUCUCAUGAUUCUUCUCACUGAUCCGCAAUCGCAAACUGUGGACAUGUGGCUGCUGCUUUUGAUCAGCCAAUAAAGAUCAAACUGAGGUAGGAAAGCGACGGUGAGAGAAGAUAUCAUAAACACAGUUUUUAUCUCAAAUAAGAGAGUGCUAAAACGAAUUAAUAA